GCUAGGUUAAGGAAGGGGAGGGGGGGGGGGGAGCUAAAAGUAAGCUGUUAAAAAAAAAAAAAAAAAAGAAAGCAGAAUUACCUGUAGCUCUGGUUCUGCCGUCCCGCUGCUUCUCACACCGCCGCACACGCCUUUACCUGCACAGACCUGAAAGUCCAGUUCCACCGGGGGAGACCGAGGAAAAAAGGGGGAGCGAGUUCAUUGGAUCAAACAUGUCACAAGAGACGGACAAUAACAAGCGACUUGUGGCCUUAGUGCCAAAUGACACUUCAUUCAACACCAGACGAGCGUACACCAGUGAGGAUGAAGCCUGGAAGUCAUAUUUGGAGAACCCCCUAACAGCAGCUACCAAGGCUAUGAUGAGCAUAAAUGGUGAUGAGGACAGUGCUGCUGCUCUUGGCCUGUUGUAUGACUAUUAUAAAGUUCCCAGAGAUAAAAGGCUGUUGUCUGUUAACAAAGUGAAUGAUAAUCAAGAAGACCAAGAUAAAAGAAAUUGUCUCAAUACCACGGAAGCUCAGAGCAAUUUGAGCGGGGGAGAGAACCGCGUGCAAGUCCUGAAGACGGUGCCCGUUAACCUGUCCUUGAACCAAGAUCCGCUGGAGUCAUCCAAAAGGGAAUACAACACAAACGUGUCUGGCAGCUCGACGCCAAUCACGGGGACUGGAGUGACUGUGGUAAAAGCAGAGGAGUUCACCCCUGUUUUUAUGACCCCACAAGCACACUAUGCAAGAGGAGAAAAUGAGGAGCACCGAGGGGUUAUCUUCGAGCCAUACGAAGUGUCCAACAUUGCUCCCCACACAAAUUAUCUCAAAGAUGACCAGCGCAGUACUCCUGACAGUACCUACAGUGACACCUUCAAAGACGGAGGAACAGAAAAGUAUCGCAGUGUGUCAGUGGGGGCUGAGGAAUAUAUUUACGAACAAACAAGCACUUUUCAGUACACGCUAGAAGCUACCAAAUCCCUGCGCCAAAAGCAAGGGGAGGGGCCCAUGACCUAUUUAAACAAAGGACAGUUCUACGCCAUUACCCUGAGCGAGACGGGUGACAACAAAUGCUUCCGGCAUCCCAUCAGCAAAGUCAGGAGCGUGGUCAUGGUUGUUUUUAGUGAGGAUAAAAACAGAGACGAGCAGCUGAAAUACUGGAAAUACUGGCACUCCCGGCAACACACGGCAAAGCAGAGGGUCCUUGACAUUGCUGAUUACAAGGAGAGUUUUAACACCAUUGGGAACAUCGAAGAAAUCGCGUUCAAUGCUGUGUCCUUUACUUGGGAUGUCAAUGAGGAGGCGAAGAUUUUCAUCACCGUGAAUUGCUUGAGCACGGACUUCUCCUCGCAAAAAGGAGUGAAGGGGCUUCCUUUGAUGAUCCAGAUAGAUACGUACAGCUACAACAACCGCAGCAAUAAACCCAUCCACCGAGCCUACUGCCAGAUCAAGGUUUUUUGUGAUAAGGGAGCAGAAAGGAAAAUCCGAGAUGAAGAGAGGAAGCAGAACAGGAAGAAAGGCAAAGGCCAGGCCUCCCAAAGCUCAUGUAAUAACUCAGCUGAAGGGAAGCUGAGUGCAGUCCCUCUGCAAAAGAAGAGUGAUAUCACCUUCUUCAAAACAAUGACUGACCUGGAUUCCCAGCCAGUUCUCUUCAUACCAGAUGUUCAUUUCGGAAACCUACAAAGAACUGGACAGGUUUACUAUAAUACAGAUGAUGAGAGAGAAGGUGGCAGUGUCCUGGUCAAGAGGAUGUUCCGGCCUGUGGAGGAGGAGUUUGGUCCAUCCCCUCUGAAACAAAUGAAAGAAGAAGGCCUGAAAAGAGUGCUUUUGUAUGUGAGGAAGGAGACGGAUGAGGUGUUUGAUGCUUUGAUGCUGAAAUCACCCACAGUAAAGGGGCUAAUGGAAGCGAUCUCUGAGAAAUACGGGCUGCCAGUCGAAAAGAUUGCAAAACUUUAUAAGAAGAGCAAAAAGGGUAUCCUGGUAAACAUGGAUGACAACAUUAUUGAGCACUACUCCAAUGAGGACACGUUCAUCCUGCACAUGGAGAGCAUGCUUGAAGGCUUCAAGAUCACGCUGACUGAGAUCUAGCCUCAGGCAGAGCCCUUUUGUAAGGAACCACAGCAUUUCAUUCUCCUUGGAAAGCAGAAGAUUCCCCAGGAACUUGACAGACAUUGAUCAGAGAAACUGUUACAAGACUGGUUUGCAAACAUUGUCCAUUCUGCACACCCACUGCAUGUAGGCUUGGGUUUGUCAAGCACAAGGCCACUCGUUAACCUGGUCCCUUAUUUAUUGUUCCCCAUUCUCCAGUGUACGAGCAGUUACCAGCCCCCAGAUCUGUUACCAGGUGACCCACUGCAAAUGUGAAAUGCAGCAUCUUCAUCCACGCUUUAAUGUGGAUAAACUCAUUCCAAAACACAUUAAGGAACCGUGCUGGUCCAGUUUCAGAAAACUGGGAUAAAUCUCUUUAACAGAGUUCACUCCACCAUUGCUAAAAUAAAAAGGGUUAAGUGCUAAAGAUGGGGAAAGUGGCUGACAAGAGUUCACUUGCUCAGACUGAUCCGUAUCUCUCUCUAGUGUAUAGUCUUGCCAAAUACCUCUGGUAGUUCUCAGCACGUAGCAAUGAGGACUUGUAAGUAAGGCAUUCAGCUACAAAUGUCACUUGUAAGUAAAUGGUAAAGAAACCAUUUUAACCUUGUAUAUAAUGUUUAUAAUAUGCAAUAAUAUAUUUUAACUACCGUAUGUGGGCACGUUUACUGCCACUAUGUUUUUGUAUGUAUUGGGCUUAGGGUUUAACAGAAUCUUUCCUAGAAGAUUAGAUGUCUGCGAUCUGUUAAGGAGUGUGUGCUGAGAAGUUGAUGGCUAUGUCUGCAUUCAAGCACUCCACCCUUGCCCACCCAGUUUGAUACUGAAAUGUUGGAGCAAACGGCGCUGCAGUGUUUGGAGUGCUCUGGCACAGCGGGGCCCACCUCAGGUGCCCAGGUCCUGGUUGUAGGUAACUGAGGGCCCCAUCCAGCUGUCACGAAAUCCUAGAGGUACCCGUCUGUCCGCUGCCUGGCGUGCCUGGAGGUGCAGGAGGGACUUCUGCUGGUGGAGUGGGGGCUCUCAAAAUGGGCCCAUCUCAAACCUGUGGAGGGAAAGGUGCUUUCCCCAGCAGCCUGCUCCUUAAAGCAUUCCUCUAGACUGUAAGAAACAGGACUCCAAACUCUUCUUAAGGGAACUCGCUCUUGUAUCUCCAUUGAAUAAUUAAAUUUUGAUUCCUAGGACAGCUGGAUGAGGUAGAAACCUGGGCUUUUUAUGGAAACUGGAACAAUUUUGCCGGUGGAGACCAAGAGUGGCCACAGCUGAGGUGUGGAGAUAGAUUUCUCUCACAAAGGCUGGAUCUGAGCCCAGGCUGAGCUACAAGGUCAUGCCAUCGAAUUCCACCUCUGUCUCAGGAAUUGUGUGAGAGAGAAAGGCUGCAGGCUGAUCACAUCAGAAAAGGGAUCCAAGGCCUGAAUGUCCCCAGUGCAUCCAAACCUGGCACCUGUCUCCCUCCUUUCCAGCUCCUUUGACUGUCUCAGAGCUCCUCACACAGCACACGGUCCUGGGGGUUUCAGUGGCGAGCAGUUCUAUCCCCAUGCACUGUACGAGGAUCCCAUGAGACAGACAGAAACGUGGGGCCUCUCCUAUAUGUAGUCUUUGUUUCCUUACUUUUUUCCUUCUAAAAUCUGUUUUUCAUUUAGGCACAGUAUUUUUGUUUUUCAUUAGCUGGUUAAUGAUGUAAAGAAACACCGCCUGGUUUAACAGAGCUCAUUCUCUAGUGUUUGAGUUGUGUGGAGCUAUUUACAGAUGUAAAUAUGCAAAGGACUUGGAAUAGUUGACCAGUCUCAUUUGGUCACAUUUUUUGCAUGAAUUGUCCUGCAAGCUCUUGCAUGGUUUCUUAACUUCAUUAGCAAUAACAUCUCAUUGAAAUCUGUUCUUCAAAUAGAAAUGCCAGGCACCUCUAAAAGGUUCUGUGGGACCAGAACCUGUGGAGGCUCCAGGCUGUUCGUGUCAGAGCUAGCAUAACCACACUCCAGGUAUAUCUGCAAAACAAAGUCUUUGUUCCCUGUGUCUGUCUUCCUCUCACCUUCUCUGUUCAUUUGCUUUGUGCUUUUCUUCCUUAUCGUGCUGAGCUGUGCACUAAUUCCACUGUAUUUUUCCAAAUACACGCUCAGCAAAGAUGCUCUCGCUACCUCGCCCAAAAGCAGACAUCCUGGGAAUACAAGGGAUUUAGGGAGAUUUGAUUUGUUUCUGCUUGCCUCAGGCUCAGAUAAAAAGUCUACGCUGACAGCCCAGAUAGCUUUCUUCCCAAAGCAAAAUAGGGCAGUUUUAGCACGUGUGUAGGUAUGUAGGUAUCUGAGCCCUGGCUCUGCCCCUAACAAAGCUGCCAUCCAAAAAGUCUCACUUACAGGCAAUCUGGGCUGGGUUGUGGUGUGCUGCGUUACGAGAGCUUGGGGUUCACAGAGCAGGGCAGGGCUGUCCUGGCAGCACCAGCACGCAGGUUAAUAUUUCGCUCUUGUCUUACACAGGGGUGGAUCUUUCUUUUGUAAGCUGAGCUAGGACCUGCUGGGUGCUGCAGCAUCUUGCACUGAGGAACAGUGAAGGAUCAGCAAGAGCUGCAAUGCUCCAGCAAAUACUGGGGCUUAAGGAGCUGAGCUGCCUUUCCAAUGCCAUUUUAGGAGCUUUAGGUCAGGCACUGUCCAGGGAAGGAAAGUUGUUUCCAAGAUUAACUGAAAGCUUUUCUAAAUAUAUCUGGAAGUGUACAAAUUGCUGGUCAGUAGCAAGAGAGCUGAUCCUCCUGCCUUUAUUUUCAUCUCACAGUCUCGGUGAAGGUAGCAGUGCUGAGGAAGUUGAGUAAGACUCACCCUGAUAGUAAGAGUAUUUUAAAUCAACCACUAGAUGCAUCACGAGCACCAAAGACAUUACAAAGAGCACAUCACCCAGCACCCAGUUGGCUGUAGCUACAGCAUCAGCUGCUGGAGGAGCACUGAACCCUGGGUACUGGUCACGGCAAGCUACAAGCUCUCGGGGCUCACCACCUCUGAGGACUUGUUGGUCAAAGUCAGGCUGCUGAGGCGAUGGGGAAGGGCCAGUAUUAGUAACGCAAGCUUCUGAAGCAGGGCCCUGCUUUGUGUCCUGCUUGAUUCAAAGGUCACGAGGAGUACGAAGUUCUUAUAUAUGUGUUGUUUAAAUGUACAUGUUGCUUUUGUUUCAUGACAAAGAUUGAUUAGCACUGUAUCUUCUAAAUAUUAUGAGUUAAAUGGAAGCAAGAUUUGGCUGUGGUUCAGCAGGGGACAGAAGGAUCUGUGUCCUCCUUUUGUCUCUUUGUGGCACUGCAAUGUUUUUUUUUUUUUUCAAAGGAACAAAACUCUCACUUCCUUUCCUUCUUCAAGACAGCAGUCUUGAACCUUAGCUAGUGUAACCUCAAGGGUGGCUUGCUGCUCAGCUCAUUUUCCAUAUGAAGAGUGAGAGCCGCGUUGUGUCUGCACAUGUGUUAGUUUUGAAAGACGCUGACGGAGAGAUGCAAAAGGCAGAGCAGGCUUCUAAGCUUUAACUUCUGUUCCUACCACAGAUUCGGCACUAUGACUGUCCAUUUGAUGGUUUAUUAUGCAAACCCAAACCUCAGCCUUAAGUUGCCUUCUACACAGUCAGGUGCUUAUAUCCCCACAAUAAAGCGCAUCCUUUCAGCGAAGCUUUGUUGGUGUGUGGGGAUAUCCUCAUCAAGAUAUUCUGGAGGAUUUUUAUCACUGAACAUUAAGAAAGAAAGAAAAGAAAAUAGCUUCUCUCUUUAUCUCUCUCUCUCUCUUUUUUAUUUGUUCUCUCUGAGUGUCUUCUCUCAUGAAGUCUUUGGUCAAUGAAUUCAGAGAUCAAGUGUCUUUCUUGUCUAUUUUCCUCUUUCAGUCUACGGAUGGUUUAAAUGUAAAUGAAUUCAACAAUUAGUAAACACUGAACUCUCCAGCUGUCAGAGUUGCUGCAUAUUGAUCGAUGCGGGACUGGAAAGGAGUGUUUUAUGGCUUUCAAAUGUAAAGCUUACAAAAUGUUUUAUAUGCUCUUCCAUUUCCUAUGAAUUGAGACAAGAUACAAACAAGAGUGUUUGUGCCAAAGGUUGUGACAAGCCCUCUCUGGCAAAAAAAAAUAUGAAACUUUAUGUAUAAAUAGUGUGCUUUUAUAUUAAGAAAAUAGCUCAUGUAACUUAAUAGUGUUGCAACUGGGAGAGGGGUUUGAUAAACUGUAAAUACAGUUAUUUUAUUUUUUGUACAUUUUUAAGAAGGACAAAAAUAAAUAUUCCUAUGUAUGAGAUAAUA